GCCGUCAAAUGGAAUAAAAAAAAAAGGGUAAGAAAAGUUAGAUCAGUUAAGGAAGAAAAAAAAAAAAAAGGCGAAUGAUGCACUUUUUCCCUUUUUUUUUUAUUUGUUCCUCCUCUGUUGCGCAAAUGGGACCCAGCAGUCAACACAACGUGCUCACUUCUGCACGUGAGUAGGGGUUUGUUCGAGUGUCCCCCUUUUUUCUGCCAUACCGAGGGGCUUCACGCUUUACCCCGAUGGAGGGGUACUCAUUUGCCUGAAAAAUUGCGGAGAAGCGGCUUCCAACCUGGCAUUUUUUGUGUGCUAGUAACUACAUUGCCACGAUUCUUUGCCGUCUCCAGGGAAGACCGACUUAGGCUGGCAACGCGGUAAAGCGGCAGAGCGGCAAAGCGGUAAAGCUACAAAGCGGCAAAGCGGGAAAACCGCAAAGGCUCAACGAGACAGGCAACCUUCCCCCCACUCUCUCCCCCAUGGAGGAAGAAAAAGUUCAUGCCGCAUUCGAAGUGCUGUAUAACAACGAGAAGGGGGAACUAUACAUAACGAGCAGAUACCUGGUGUACAUCUCCGAGCGCACGAAAAAGGAAAAGGCACAGAGCAACGCCCUUUUCCUCAUUGAUGAUAUGGACUUGAAGGUAUGCAUAUUCAGUUGGAAGAAAACGGAAAAGUCAAAAAAAAAAAGUAAAACCAGAUUCACCUUUGCCGUAACGAACAAAAAGAAUAAUUUCUGCUUCCAUGACUAUAACCACACGGAGUCCUUCGUUUUUGAGUUUUUCUACGACCAGCAGAAUAGCAAGGCGUGUCAAAUUAUCAACACACUCAAUAAGGAAAACGUAAAGAAUCACAUCUACAUAGAGUUUAAUUUGCACCUAAUUAGGGACAAGUACAAAGUGUAUGAGGACUCCUCUGGGGCACUCUCAAAAGGUGAUUCCAGGGGGAUUGUAGAGGACCAGAAAGGGGAUCACUCUAGUGAGCAGGUUAGUAGAGAACAGCUUCCCCCGAAGGAAAGUGCCCCCCAACAUUUUGUAAAAAAUGCAAAGGGUGAACUGUCUGGAGAGGAAAAAGAUAUAGCAGCGAAAGGGGACUCUUCCACGAAGGUACGCGAACAUGUGGGGGGAAGUAGCCAAAGUGAGGACAGCGAUCAUAGUGAGAGAAGCAACCCAUCUGAGGAGAACGAAAAGGAAAAUGAGGCGCUAAGCAGUUUGCACAAAAUGUUCGAGGCGGACCCACAGCUGAAGAGCCUGUACCAAAUGUGUAUACAAAAUAACAUAUUAACAGAAAAGGAAUUUUACAAAGUCCAUAAGAGCGAGUUGUAUGAGCACAGAAACAUCAGUUGCAGCGCAGAGGAGGGGAUUCUGAAGGAACCCCUGUUCAUCACGGAGGAACAGAAGAUGGCAAAGAGCGUCGAAAUUAACAAACAAAUAAGUAGAGUGAUUCUUUCAGAGAACAAAGAGUUGAAGAAGCUCUACGAUUAUUACAUGGCCAACAAUAUCCUCAGCGAAAGCAAAUUCUGGUUCUUCCUUUUUAAUAACAAAUAUAGCCACUUAUUCUUUUACGACAAAAAUGAAAAGGACAUAAUGGGGAACAAAAACUUCUUCUCCAUUAAGGGCGACCAGCAGAAGAGGCCCGCAGGGGUUGCUACGGACACCGCUACCGACAGGACGGACGACCGCAGGGAUGUAACCCUCAUCACGGAUGAAGAAGAACAAAACACGUAUUAUAAAAAUGCGUCCCUUUCGUACGACUUGGAGAAUCCAAACCAAGACAUCAAAGGGACACUGGAGAAAUGCAUUUUAAAAGAAUACUUGUCCACAAAAUCGUACAAAAAAAAAAACAUCCUUUUUAACAACAACUACUAUUUUAAUGAAGAAAGUGCCCAGGGGUUUGGCCUCUUAACAAAUGAGAAGUAUUCCAAAGGGAGCAACUCCCAUAACCUCCUAAUUAACAAAUUUAAUAAUUACUGCAUUGGGAUGAUAAAGGAUAAGAAGUUUACCUUCGACACUUUUUACGAAGAUUUGAAGAACAAAAUUGAGGACACAGACUUGAAUCCCGUGAAGGAGAAAAAAGAGUUGCAAUUUCAAAUCGAAAAAAAAAAAAAAAAACGCCCCUUUGAUGGUGAGGCAGAUAGUGAAGAGUCGGCUCAGGCUGCCGAUCGCCUAAACCAAAAGUUCGCCGCGUUCAUGGACCAGCUCCAAACAUUUAAGCAGCAAUCCGGCAGGAAGAACUACCCCGAGUUGUUCAAUAUAGGGAGACUCCUGUUCGUCUCCAACACGAAGAAGUGCCAGAGCAACCAGUCCAUGCUGAUAGGCACGAUCGAGUACGAGCAGCACAUCCUCGACAUUGUCAAGGACUACCACGUGAAAGUGAAUUAUCUGCUGAACCUCUUCUACACGUCGUGCAUCCCGGAGCAGGCGAAGCGGAACAAGAUCCUGCAGAAUCUGUCCAAGAUUAAGGAGGAGAUACAGGCCAAGCAGGAGGAGUACAACAGUGUGCUUAUCAUGGGCAAGCCGCUGCUAAUUCACCUCUUUGAACAAAUAAGCAUCUGCAAGAAGUUUAACGAAAAGCUGGAUAGGUACAUCCAGGAAAAGAGGAAGAAGGCAUGA